AUGUCUACUAUUGCCUCGGUAUUCUCGACCUCCAUCGCGGGAGAGAUACUCAAUCAUCUCACCCACGGUUCGGUAGCCACACGGCCGGAACAAUCGCAGAAUUUUGUGCCUCCGCAUGCUCUCCAAUCAGCAACAAAGGCUCUCGAUGCAGUGCCCGAACUUUCAGAAAAGGCAGCGCGCUCCUCGUACACGUCUUCUGGCAAUGCGACGCCCCGCCCUGCCAGCAUCGCUGAUGCUCAAGGGCGACCUUCCAGUGCCGAAACUCUAGCAGAAGAAGCAAAGGCAGCAAUCAAGCCUGUGCAGGAUGUCGAAGCAGGCGUCAAAGAAAUGUCCGAAGGCUUCACAGAUGGCGCUGCGCCCGAACGGAUAGAGUCUCGAAUCCUACCCUCGAAGCCUAUCCCUAAAGGCGUCAAGGUGGUGGGCUGGUACUCGGAUGACGACGAUGAGAAUCCUCAGAACUGGUCGAGCCGCAAAAAGCAGAGUGUGGCGAUGCUCAUCAGCUUCAUGACGUUCAGCGUCUACGCCUCUUCUGCCGCAUACACGCCCUCCAUACCGGGCGUCAUGGCAGAAUUCCAAGUAUCGCAGGUGCAAGCCAUCAUGGGUCUUUCGCUCUUCGUCAUCGCGUACGGAAUUGGUCCCAUUUUCUUCUCGGGUCCCUCAGAGCUGGCAGUUCUAGGCCGCAACCGGCUCUACAUUCCCACACACAUUCUCCUCGUAGCCAGCAAUUUUUUGGCCGCUUUUGCACCAAACUAUUCGACCUUGAUGGCAGCUCGAUUCAUGGCCGGCUUCUUUGGCUCUCCCGCCCUGGCAACGGGCGGAGCAUCCUUGGGCGACAUGUUUGACAACCUCAAAUUGCCCAUCUACAUCGCUGUCUGGAGUGGAGGCGCCAUCUGUGGCCCUGUCUUCGGACCUGUGCUCGGAGGAUACGCAGCGCAGUACAGCACGUGGAGAUGGCCACUCUACAUCAUUACCAUUCUGAGCAUCAUCAGUCUAUUCUGCUUGACAUUCCUGCUGCCCGAGACGUAUGCACCCACAAUCCUGCUGCACCGCGCUCAACGCCUGCGCAAGUUGACUGGGGACGAAUCGCUCAAGAGUCAAAGCGAAAUCGAUCAAGACUCCGUCGCCUUUUCUUCCAUCUUGGCCGAGUCCAUCUGGAGGCCCAUCCGUCUCGCUUUUGAGCCCAUCGUCUUUUUCACCUGCGCCUACCUCGGUCUGGUCUAUGCCGCCUUCUACCUCUUCUUUGAGGCCUUUCCCAUCCUCUACUCUUCCUACGGCUGGGGUCUCGGAGCUCAAUCGCUGCCCUUCUUGGCCUUUGCAGUCUCGGGCGUCAUCUCCGUCGGCGCGUACAUCUGGUACAUUCAAAACAUCUACGCUCCUCGAUUUAGGGCCAAGGCUGAAAUGGGUAUCAUCGAGCCGGAAGACAGGCUCAGCAUCGCUUUAGCCGGCUUUGCUGCUUUUCCAGUCUCCAUCCUCAUCUUUGGUUGGACAGCAGAAUAUCAAGUGCACUGGAUCGUUCCGACCAUCUUUGCAGCUCUGCUACUCCCCAGCGUCUUCUUGUCAUUUCAAUCCCUGCUCGUCUAUCUGCCAAUGUGCUACCCUACCGUCGCAGCUUCCGUCUUGGCCACCUGCUCCGUCAUCAGAUCCAGCUUGGCAGGCGCCUUCCCGAUCUUUGGACAUGCCUUUUACAACAAGCUAGGAUUGGGAGUGGGAAGCACAGUCAUCGCUGCUAUCGGCAUCGCCCUCGGACUUUGGCUCUUUGUCCUUCGCAAGUGGGGCGUUGUGCUGAGGAGAAGAUCAAAGUAUGCUCAUGUCUACUAG